GCUCAGGGAAAUUCGGCGGUUCAUUCGUCUGUCAGCCAGCCGCAGUCGCAGUCGCUGUUCGCAGAGUCCGCCGUUCGCAGUCCGCUCGCCAAUUUGGCCCGUUUGUGAAAAUAUUCGUAAGGCAGCCGCAGUCGCAUGCUGAGAGGAAAUAGGCGCGCUACAGAUUCCUAUUGCGAUUCUGGUUCUGGUAGUAGUACUGGUACUGGUUCUGUUUCCCAUUUUCUGCUUCGGAUUCCCCAAGAACCGAAUUCGGGGGGAAAAGUAGAAGAAGGAGCAGCAGCAGCAGCUGAAGCAGCUGGAAUAAAUGAUUACAGCUGGAGAUUACAAGCGCAUUGAUUGCUGAUGGCAACGGUGCGGAUGAAUUUCGGUAAAUGUCGCGCGCGCGUGCCAUUGCGUAUACGCAGCGUUGGCCGUCGCCAUUCGGUGACAUUGUGCGCUCGCUUCCGCUGGGCCGCCAAAUGCAUUUUGCAGUUAAUUUAAGAAGAAAGAAUCUUGUGCGAAAAUCAAAUUAAAGAAAAAAGUGAGCAGCCUUCGCGGAAAUUAUAUAUAUAUAUUAUAUGUUUCGAGAAAAUAUUAUUGCAUCUGCUCUUGUCGCAUUGCCCUUGUGUUUUUCCGCUUUUGGUUGCCGCGCCGUCGUUUAAGUUUUUCGGUUUCGUUUGUGUGAUUAUUUGGUGCAAUUAAUAAAAUGCUGUCGCGCAAAUGUAUAUACACGUGUAUAAAACUAAUGCAAAAUGCCAGCCGUCGCACGUCCGUUCAGUUUUACAUGCCAAAUGGGCAAAGGAGAAAUAUUCUCGAAAAGAAACACGCUCAGCGAAAGGCAGUGAAAUAUGCACAAACCCUAAUCGCAAUCACCAGCGUUAUUUGUUAUGUGCCCAGUGCAAAUGCGAAUGCGAAAUGCUGAAUGCAAAUGCAACAGUCGAGAGCCCAACGCUGGAGGGAGCAAUAGUCAUACAGAAGCUAUCGGCGCCGCCACGAUAGCGAUAACAUAAAUAAGAACAGCCAACGCGAAUCACCGACGGCAGAGCCACUCAUCUAUAAGCCAAGUCCCACAGUCGAACACACACACACACACACACACAAAUAUAUACACACCCGUAAUGCCAAGUACCCCGGGCACUGCAAUCAAAGUAGUUGGAGGGGGGAUGGGGGAUCAUGUGAUGGAGGGCAGUAAAAUACACAUAAAACAAAUAUCUUAAGCGAUAUUCAAUGGUCCAAUAGCAGUGUGAAGGUAAACCCGAUCUUUGGCGGUUCUAUUACAUAGAAUAAAUAAUGAUAAAUACUCAAAUAUUGCUUCUUUGUUAGAAUAUUAUAAUAUAAUGUAAUGCAAUUUAUAAUAGCGAACCAUAUAAAUCGUAAUUUCACAUUCUUAGUAUGUUGUUCCAUUAAUAAUUGUAAUUUUUAAAAUGGCAAGUCAUAUACUUUAUGCAACGGCUUGAAUUUAUCAAAUAGUGAAAAUUAAAUAACCCAAAAUUCAACCUCAAAUUUAAAUGUAGUUAACUUAGUUUUAUUCCAUUUAACAACCGUGAGCAUUCAAUUAUAAAGUACUUUCUUCAGUUAUAUUAAAAUGAUGAUAAUUACAAUAAUUACUUAUAAAAUAGGGUGCAAUGACUCGGUCUUAAAAAUUACAAUAUUUUAAUCAUUUUUGUGUAAUACUUUCGCCUAUAAGAAGACAAUGGAAUUGCUCAAUUUUUCGAGUGUAUCCCAAACGGAAGUGUUGAUAUGGCCGCAGCUCAGUCGCAGUCGCAGCUCAGUCGGUAUAGAAAUUGUCAUCUCAUAACGACUUAAGCUGCUCGGCACGCAACAUGACCGGGCUGAGCAGCAUAGUCAGCAUUUCUGCACCUCCCAGAAUCCAGCCCAUCCUCAGUCGGUCUUCCACCACUGUUGCCACCCACUUUUCCAACCCACUGCCAAUGCCCCUGGGGUCACACACACUUAAAGCCACAACAAACGCAUCCACAGAAUCUUUGAGAGCGAUGACGACUAUGAUGAUGAUGACAAUGGGCGGAUGAUGGCAAGUCAUUUCUUUAAAGGUUGUCUCUCUAUCAGUUCUCUAUCGUUCUGUGUGCACUGAGUGAUUUGAUUUGGUUUGCCAGUGCUUUCUAUUUACUUUCUAUUUAUUCGAUUUGCAUUUCCACUCUUCGGAGCCGAAAACUCGGAAGAUUUCAAAUGCAAAUGCCAAUUCAGCUUUCCCAAAGCCGUUUCGAAUAACUUCUGUGUGUUUUGUUUGGCUGUUGACUUGGCUUUCAGGCUUUCAGGCUCUCAACGGCUCUUCGGCUAUGGAAAUCUGCACCAUCCAUUUGGUAAAUGUUGCUCAACUUGGAAAAGCGCCAGGGCGUGGCAGGAAAAUCAACAACCCUUUGCGCCAUAUGGCCUGACUCACUGCGGCAACUUCAGCGCGUGUGGACACUUUCAUUUCCCUAAUUAACAGCCUAAAUGGGAAAUUCAAAGCCAAAAACCAAAACCGAAAAUCUAAAACCAAAACGCAAGUCAACGCGUAGGAAAUGUGCAAUAAAUAACACGAAAAAAUAAAACCCCUACGCGAGUGACCAACGUAUAAUUUAAAGCUCGUGGCCAAUUUGUUGUACGUACCAUUUUGGCAACAACCACAGCUGCGAGCCUUAACAUCAAACAGUCGGCCAAGAUGCGAGCGUUGAAAGCGUGUGCGAACAUGAAAAUAAAACAUCAUCAUCAGGAAAUAAAUUCGGGAAAAAUGAAUAAAAAUACAAAUAUAAAACGAUAUGAAUAAAUACAUAGUCUAGCACACAUAGCCAAAGCCAUAUUCUAAAUGAGUGCCAGGGGGCAAAAAAUGGCAUAGGACAUUUUACCAAUCUACCAUUUUACCACCACUUAGUAUUGGCGGGCAUUGGGAUGAAGAUGCCAACCAGGGCGGAAUAUACACAUCGCGAUAUAGAUUCCGAUAUGGCGGCUGUAUUCUGAAAGGCAUUCGAAGCGAAUGACAUUCUUUCGCCCAGCUGUUGUCAUAUAAAUCAUUGCUUUUAUACAGGGUGUAGCAAUUGUCUUCGAUAGGUUCAUAUUCAAGUUUAAGAUGGCAAAGUUUUUAUUGAAAAGAAAUAAAAGAGGUUCAUAUUGAAGUUUAAGAAUAUAAAGUUUCAUGGAAAAUGAAUCAAAAAAGGGUCAAAGGGUUCUAAUUUAAUUUAACUGGUAAAAUAAAUUCAUAGUUUAACAAAAAAAUGUUAUUUUCGCUUUUGAUUGCAAUUUGAUCGUUGUGCAUUCUACAUUUAAGGUUAGAGAGAAUGAUGAUGUUUAAUUGCCUUAACUGAGAAUGAUUUUAUAUUCUGAAGUUUAUAAAAUCGUUUUUCAAUAAAAGAAUACUAAUUUAAUAACAAAUGAUAAAAUGAUAAAUGAUUACAACAUAGCCGAGUCUGUUAAAACAUAAACCGUGAUUUAUAGAACGAUAAAAAGACACACCCUGUUCCAUUCGCAUAAAUGUGGGCAAAACACGCACAACAUCAACAACUCAACUUCUGCGUCAGUAAAUAAACAAAUAUUGACUCAAAUCGAUACAAAUGCCAGCGGCAACAACUAGAUAAUGCACAAAAGUGAUUAUAAUCGGGGCAACAAAAAGAAGAGCGAGCCCAUGUUUUUCCAAGCUUUUAAUAAUGUGUUCUUUUCCUUGUUUUUUUCUUUCCCUUUCUUUCCCGAUCGAACAUUUAUGGCACAGUUCCAGGAGGCCAUAACAUCGAAUAACAAUAUCUGAAUAUAUGAAUAUCUGAAUUAACAGCAGCAGAACUAAAAAACCGACCACUUGGCCGAAACAAACUAAAUAUAAUUCGAAGCCCGAGAAAUGUUAAAAAUAAAUUCAAAAGAAAUCAACGAAUAUUUUUCGGCGGCAAAACAAGGCAGCGGCAACCGCAGCAGCCGCGGUGGCAAAGAAUAUGAACAGAAUUAAGAGGCAGCCGCUUGGAGGCUAGGCUACCAAAAAAAUAUAUAUAAAAAAUUAAACGAAAAAAAAACCCAAUCAGCGAGCAGAAGCAGCACAAGCGAAUUUACCAACAAAAAAUAUAUCAAAAAGUAAAAUAGAAAAUAGAAGCCGCACAACAGUAAAUAGCCGAAAAAAUUGUCGUCCAGCCGAGGUAGCCUCUCCAUCAGCGGCGGAGCAGGCGGAAAAGCUGCGGAAAAUCAACGGAAAAGCGAGGCCAUCAAGAGCUCGCGUGGGCGGCGUUGGCUGGCAAGGACAGCGGUUGGUCGUUGGUCGUUGGUCGUCGGCCGUUGACGUUGGCAGCGGCAGUGGCAGCGGCUGAAACUAAGGCGGAUUCUGAAGCGGAGGAGCGGCAACGUUGUCGUGGCCACACGGUUUACGCUCCACGGUCCACGGGCCACUUUCGCGAAUCAAUUUCCGUUGCGGUGGCCGUUUCAGUUUUGGUUUCAACGUCGCCGGCGCCACGCGUGUCGUGAAUUCCCAAUGGCGCUUCCUCCAGUGGGUGUUUCAACCUAAAAGUGCGAUAACAAAAUACGGAUCUACCCGACACAGUGUUAUCAUAAAAGAAAGAGAGAGAGCUACAAGCCAAAGAUAUAUUAUAAAUUAUAGUAAAAUUAAAACCAGACAACGAGACUCAUGUUGUUGUGCGACGGACUUGGCCCGGAGCCACCGCGGCAAAGGCAUCGAAAUCGAACCAGUGCCGCCAGGAUACGAAAAAGACCCAAGUGCUGCUGCAGCAAUGGCGGCAGCAGCCAUCAGGCGGAGCAGCCAUCCGGCGGUGUAGUUAGCCAGCCAAUUAGUUAUGGCCAAAGUCUGACAACAUUGGCGCGGGUCACGGCGGCCGCACUGACCACGGCGGCCAUGCUGCACACAACGAAUGCCCUGGCUGCCACCGGCUCAUCCAGCUCAUCCAACUCUUCCACCGCCGGAAUAGCACUGCCGCUGGGCACUGCCACACCUGCCACGCACGAACUGAAUGCCACACAGCCGUUUGGCGGCACGGGUCUGAACUUCAACGAAAGCGGCGCUGGAUUAAGUGACCAUCAUCAUCAUCAACACAAUCCCGACGAGGAUUGGCUGGACAACAUCGUUUGGGUGUUCAAGGCCUUUGUCAUGCUGCUCAUCAUCAUUGCGGCCAUCUGCGGCAAUCUGCUUGUUAUUAUUUCUGUGAUGCGUGUUAGAAAAUUAAGAGUUAUAACGAAUUACUUUGUAGUUUCCUUAGCCAUGGCUGAUAUAAUGGUCGCUAUUAUGGCCAUGACAUUUAACUUUAGUGUGCAAGUAACUGGGCGAUGGAACUUCAGCCCCUUCCUGUGCGAUUUGUGGAACAGCCUCGAUGUCUACUUCUCAACGGCGAGUAUUUUGCAUUUAUGCUGCAUAUCUGUGGAUAGAUACUAUGCGAUUGUUAAGCCCCUCAAGUAUCCGAUUAGCAUGACGAAACGCGUGGUCGGCAUUAUGCUGCUAAACACAUGGAUAUCGCCGGCACUGCUCUCGUUCUUGCCCAUCUUCAUCGGCUGGUACACGACCCCGCAGCACCAGCAGUUCGUCAUCCAGAAUCCAGAGCAGUGCUCCUUCGUGGUGAACAAGUACUACGCCGUCAUCUCGAGCUCCAUAUCGUUCUGGAUACCCUGCACCAUCAUGAUAUUCACCUACCUGGCCAUCUUCCGGGAAGCCAAUCGGCAGGAGAAGCAGCUGAUGAUGCGCCACGGCAACGCCAUGCUGAUGCACCGACCCUCCAUGCAGCCCUCAGGCGAGGCGCUGAGCGGAUCCGGGUCGUCGAAAACAUUGACGCUGCACGAGGUCGAGCAGGAGCACACCCCCACUAAGGACAAGCACUUAAUCAAAAUGAAGCGGGAGCACAAGGCCGCACGCACGCUGGGCAUCAUCAUGGGCACCUUCAUUCUCUGCUGGCUGCCAUUCUUCCUGUGGUACACCCUCUCCAUGACCUGCGAGGUGUGCCAAGUGCCGGACAUAGUCGUCUCGAUCCUCUUCUGGAUCGGGUACUUCAAUUCGACGCUCAACCCGCUGAUCUACGCCUACUUCAACCGGGACUUCCGGGAGGCGUUCCGCAACACGCUGCUCUGCUUGUUCUGCAACUGGUGGAAGGAUCGCCACCUGCCGCUGGACAUCGACAUCCGGCGCUCCAGCCUGCGCUACGACCAGCGGGCGAAGAGCGUCUAUUCGGAGAGCUACCUCAACUCCACGACGCCCUCGCACCGCCGCCAGUCGCAGAUGGUGGACAACUUAUAAUACAGGGAUGAGGCGCUGCUGACCCCCAUCGCCCAGCAGCAGCAGCGGCUGGCGGCGGGCGGAUCCCGCCUGGGCGGACAAUUGGCAGCUGCCGCCAAGGAUAGCAGGGAAUCGAAGGAGGCCAAGGAUGCAAAGGAUGCGGGCAAGGGCAGAUCCAAAGUCGAUUGCAUGGCAGGCGACGAUGUGCAGGAGAUCCAGAUUGAAAUACCCAUGGAGUACAUCAACAAAUGGAACAAGAACAACAAUGCUGCCGCCUCGACGGCCUCGAGUCAUGUGUAAAUGGUGCUCGGGGAAGAUGCGAAUCAAUCGAUGGCAGCCGGAUGGGUGGAAUCAAUUUAAUGCAAUUAGAAUGUUCCAUUAAUUUGUAAAAUUAAUAUGCCGGCAAAUGCGUCGGCUGAUUUACUCGUAAUGUUGACAUUAAUCAAUCUGUGGAGCGUGCCAAUUCAUUUGCCCGUCACUGUUUUUUUUUUUUUGCUUUUUUCAAACAUUUAAUCUUAAUUCGAGUUUGCCGGGUUCCUUGAGGCACAGAUCGGGACUUUGUACAGGAUAACUUAUUUAUUUAUGAUUUCGUGUCGUUUAUAUCUUGUUGUAAAUACUGAGUAUUUUUGUACGACUAAAUUAAGCACAGGUUGUAAACUCAUUUCUAUAUAUGGAUGUGUAUAUGUAUUUGUAUGUACGUACGCCAAUCGAAAAUCUGUAAGCCGUAAAGCAUUUUGCUCACGAAAAGAAAUAACCACAAAUAAAUUAUUUAAAAUGGCAAUCACUGCAACUCACUGAGCUAUGCGUGUACAUAGGGAUUCGCAAAAACGAAGAGCUAAAGCUAAAACUAAAACUAAAACUGUGCCAAUUAAGAGACCGCAAAUUAUAGACAACUACGUGAGAAGUCCUGCAAUAAGGAGGGGUUUUCCCAGCGCGAAAAAUCAACCACACCCCAACGCAAUUAGAAUCAGAGAAAAUUGAGAAAAUUUAUAGAGAUACAACACACAAAAUUCACGGAUGCUAAAGCAAAGCUAAAACCCAAUUGUUAUUUCAACGACAAUCGCAUGAAUUGAAAAUGCUCAAAAUACCUAAAGUAAACCCUAAAACGUAUAAUCAACUAAACAUAGCGAGAAUAUAUAGUCAAAACCAUAUAUGUAGGACCCAAGGCGAAUCCGGUCGAAACCAAAGCCAAAGUCCGCCUAAAUUAACCAACAUAUAGUGCAUCGAUAUCAGACUAACCAAAUUACUUGUGAGUGAGUUGAGUGAGUGUGUGCGUGAAACCGAUUUCCACAACCGUUUCCAUUACAAAGUGCUAGUGUCGAGUGCAAAGGUCACGAGUGAAAGUGCUUCGGAUAAUGGGUGAUUGCGUUGCAGUUCCUGGAAUUAAGUUGACUGUGUAGCCUGUGAGGGCAAGGCUUGAGUACUGCUUCUGAAGUCAGCAACUUGAUUCCAGCAAUUGCGGCCCAAUAUUCCGCAACAAUGAAAAAUCCGGAAAAGCCAUGGAAAGAAUCGGAACUCCCCCGAAUUUCAACUAGCAAAAGCAAUGGCAAUGCAAAUAAGCCGAAUAAAAAAGCCAAACACGCAAACAAAGCAUUUUGUGUUCUUUGUAUAAAUAACUAACCAUAAAAUGUUAGCAACAGUUUGCAAAACUUAGCGGUUUAUGAUUGUCGCUUAAUCCGCAAACCAAGCAGAAAGUCAAGAACAUUUGUCAAGCAGAAAUAGUUGUUGUUUAAAAGAAAUAAUAGGAGCGGUUUUUUUUAUGAUUUUUCAAGCUAGUCUGAAACUAAAUAGGAAAUAAUGAUGUUGCCAUGAAUGGAAAACAAGGAUAAAGAGCCAAAGCUCAGUAUGUAUCAUAUAAAGUGUGUAUAGAUGUCUAGAUAAAUGUUAUAUUUAUAGUAUGUAACAUAUUCGUUAGAUGACUUUCCUUGAAAAGAAGAAAGCAGAGAACACAGCAGAGAAGACCGCAAACAAACCAAAUCUCCAAAGGACUUGUUAUAUUUUUAUAAGCCACAGCCCCCGAAAACUAAUACUCUGUGUGUAAUUUGUAUUUGUAUUUGUAUAUUGACAUGUCUGUGUAUAUGUGUGUGCGAGUUAUUUAUUAUCAUUAUAAUUAUUAUUAUUAUUAUUACUACUGACAACUGAACUUUUCGUUGCAUUGUUUUGCAUUUUGCUGUGCAAUUUUCCAUGCAAAACAAAAUAGGAUGCUAACAUUAAGCCAAGCUGACAAGCAAAUGUAGCCUCGAGUGGGCGAGACAGACACGUAAAUGGCAAACUAAGCUACUAACUAAGUGAAUAUGAAAUUUAGAUGUAUUAUAAAAGCAAAAUAACAAACUUCAAGUUGGAAAACAAGCAAAAAAGCAAAAAUAAACUCAAAAACUACAAAUAAUAGCCAAA